UUCGUUACUGCGAGUCAUACCAAUAUUCUCCAUUAGCGGCUGCUGUCUUCUUCCCCAAAUCGUAUUUUCACAUCCUGUUCUUUCCGGUCCGUAAAUCAUCAUUUUUUGUUCGACUUCAUUUUUGUUUUAUUGGCUUCAACAGCUGAAACGACGUUUUUGACUAGGCAGGAGAUACUUUAGCGAACUCAAUUAAAUCAGGUUUUCCCUUUUGCAGCUUUAGAUUUGAUCUUGUUUGUCUUCUCGAUUCGUCUUUUUUAGGUUUAGGUUUAACGGUAGAAUUUUUUUGGGAGUUUCUUCUUCGAAGUUUCGUUUUUGGUCGUGUAAUUUUUGUGUGUUUUACCUGCUUAUUUCAAUAUGCUUGGUUGCAUGAAUUGCAUUUCCAGAUCGGCCAUGUAAAAUUGUCAAGGGAACUUCUCUCCUGUUUCAUGUUGGUUCUCAUUCUCCUUUAUACCUGUCGACUUGAACUCUUGCACUACUAUUUUUCCCGUUUUCUCGAGAUAUAACCAUGCCGUCUAGGUUUAUGGUGGUUAAGCAUGGAAUAGAUUUGAUUUGUUACAUAUACGAAACAACAUUAGACUAUGUAUUUUGGCGAUAAAAUGGUAUAUAUUACAAGUCAUAUGGUAAAAAUCAUAUUUCUUCGGAGUGUGUGCGGGGCUUUCAUGUUAGUUCAACCAGGAGAAUGGAAUCUGGAAACAGUUGGUGGUAAACAAUCAUAUGAACAUUUGGCUUCGUUAAAAAGUUUGUGAUUGAAUUUUCUUUAAGUCGUUAACCAAGCUUGGAAAAUUGUGGUGUGCUCUGGUGUUUGCGGUGGCGCACAUGAUGUUGUUGUGAUUGAUGAUCAGCACACAGGAACAGUGUGGAUGGCAUGUUGAGAACUUGGAGAUUGCAUGAUAAUCUGGGCUUUGUGCUGUAUUGGGGACAAUUUUUUAAGUGAGAUGCAUGAAAUUCUAAGAGGGCUGUUGUUGGGGGAUUGGGUUGUCAACUUCUUGGUGAUGAGUAAAGUGAUUUGUUGUUGAUCUAGGAGGGGUUUCUUGUUGAAUGUUGUAAUUUUGCUGUUGGGAUUUGGUGUUUUGUUUUGGAGGAGAUAGUAGGGAGUUUGAUUUGGUAUCAUGGAUGAUCAUGGAUGUCUGGUUGUAAUGUGGACAGGAAGGAAGCAGCUGCGGUGGUGUGUUUCUAUUAGUGGUGGUGGUGGUUGUUUGUUUGCUGAUUGGUGGUGUUGGUGUUAAGAAGGGUAAGUUGAAAAUGAGUUCGGACAGCAGGAGCCGUAGCAGAAGCAGGAGCAGGAGCCCUAUGGGUCGCAAGAUCCGUUCUGACCGCUUUUCUUAUCGUGAUGCACCUUACAGGAGAGAUUCACGUCGGGGUUUCAGUCAAAACAAUCUAUGCAAGAAUUGUAAACGGCCAGGGCAUUAUGCUAGAGAGUGUCCUAACGUGGCAAUAUGUCACAACUGUGGCCUUCCCGGGCAUAUUGCGGCAGAAUGCACAACAAAAUCAUUGUGUUGGAACUGUCGGGAGCCCGGGCACAUGGCCAGCAACUGUUCGAAUGAAGGCAUCUGUCACACCUGUGGCAAGGCAGGACAUCGGGCCAGAGAUUGCACAGCUCCACCACUUCCACCUGGGGACUUGAGGCUGUGCAACAACUGCUACAAGCAAGGACAUAUUGCAGCUGACUGCACAAAUGAUAAAGCGUGCAACAACUGUCGGAAAACAGGUCAUCUGGCACGUGAAUGUACCAAUGAUCCAGUUUGCAACUUGUGCAAUGUAGCUGGGCACGUAGCUAGACAGUGCCCAAAAGCCAACAUCCUGGGAGAUCGUGGUGGUGGUGGUGGUGGUGGUGGUGGUAUUCGGGGUGGCGGUGGUUACCGUGACCACCGGGACAUUGUUUGCAGGAACUGCCAGCAGUUGGGUCAUAUGAGUAGGGACUGCAUGGGUCCCUUGAUGAUCUGCCGCAACUGUGGAGGCCGGGGACACUUUGCUUAUGAGUGUCCUUCGGGAAGGCUCAUGGACCACUAUCCGCGGAGGUAUUGAUGGAUGUGGGAGAGGAAGUGUGACUUGCAAUCUGUGUCAGUGUUGUGUUUGUGUCCGCAGUUUGCUCCUUUGGUUUCUUUAAAUGAAAUUGGUAGAACAUUUUGGACCUAAUAGGAUAUGGGGUGUGGGAUUUAUGCAAUAGGGACUUAGUUGAAGACAUUUUCAAGGUGCUUUUAUCACUUAGUAAUCCUGUCUCUACUUUUGCUUGUGUUUGUAAUAACGUACCUAUCAUUAUUAGUUAAUAGAAACUUGGGGUUGAUUUGGUUUUCA